AUGAAGGGUACCAUAAUAACAUUUUGUCUGAUUGGGGCAAUUUUUGCCAAUCCAAUUUCAUUUAAUACCGUUUUUGAAUCAAGUGAGCUUGAUGCAAACACAACUGAAAGUAUGUCUAUUUCACAAUCAUCUGAAAACACCUCAAAUGACACCUCAGAGCUUCAGAGCUCUGAAGAAAAUAUGUCAAGUCAAAGUUCAGAGUCUGAAUCACUAGAAUCCACAGAGUCACCAGAGUCCACAUCAGAGGACACAACUUCUGAGGAGAGCAAUAGUCAGUCAGAUGAAAAAAACUCUAUGGAUGAAACCAGAGAUAAUAGCAUGGGCAGUGAGGAGAAUGUUCGUAAGAGUUGGGUUCAAGUGUUUGCAAGUGUCAUCAAAGUCCUGAGUGCAGAGGACAACAGCACAGAGGUCAAAGGUCAGUCAGAAGAAAAUCAACUGGUGGACAAGCCCAGUGACAGCAGUGACACCACCAGUGACAGUGCAGACACCAGUAAUAGCAAUAGUGUCACGACUGCCACCAGUGAUAGCAGUGAAAGUACCAGCAUUGAGAGCAACGAGACCAGUGAGGCCAGUGACAGCAGUGAUCUGAAGCACGUCAAAGCCCAAGACUGUGUGAAUGGAACUCAGAGCUGUGAAAGUGAUGAGUAUUUCUUCCAGGAUAUAGGAGAUGACGCCCAUUACUCAGUGGACAACUUGAUGAUGCCAGAUGAGGAUGACCGAGAGUUCAGCCUCAGGAGAUGA